AUGGAGACAGCUAUCCGGUGGUCACCCUCAUCAACCACCCAGGAACAGCGCUUCCUUUACGUCGACGUGAUAGGCAAAUCCUUCAAACUAUGCAGAAUCACCUCCGUCAAAGGCAACGACCUAGAAUACGACGUGCUAUCAACCCACGUCCGGGUUCCCGGUUUCCGAGCCUUUGAUUGGUCCGCUGCAGAUGAAUCACUCAUCGCUGUCGGGCAAUCUUCCGGUGAAGUCAACCUCUUGCGCAUGGAUGGUAAUUCGAAUGAGUCUUGGUCUUUCCCGCUUCGAAAUCAGCGGUAUUGUAAUGCUGUUGCUUUCAGUUCGCAUGGAUUGUUGGCCGGUGGGUUGGACAAGGUUCGUAAUGAUGUUUGUCUGAAUGUGUGGGAUGUCAAUCAUCGUAUUAUGACUGGUAGCUCGAGGGGUACGCUCGCGAGUGAUAGGCAGGGUGCUGAGCCGCUUAGAAAGUUGAGCUCGGAUCCUAUUACUAGUAUCAAGUUCUUCAGAGACCAGCCGGAUACUUUGGUGGCUGGUGUCAAGGGUCAAUUCCUUAAGCUUUUUGAUCUGAGAGAUAGCUCUUCACAAGCUUUUCUCACAUUCUCUACAAAAUGUGUUCACAACACAGCUGUAGACUGGUUGGAUGAAAAUUACUUUGCAUCCUGUUCUUCGUCCGCCGAUGCUACGGUCUGCAUCUGGGACCGGCGCAUGGGUCCGCGCCUCACUGCAGGUCCGAAUCCUGACGGCGGUCAGGUUGGACCGAGCCUAAGUCUGGGAAACUCUGUCCAGAACGCAUCUAUAUGGAGUCUGCGCUUCUCAAGGACCAAAAGAGGAUGCCUAGGAGUCUUGUCGAGUAAUGGCCAGUUCAAAAUGUUUGACAUUGCAAAGGAGUACUUAUCGGCUGGUGAUCGAAAUUCUGUUGAUGAGACUCUCGGACAAGGAUCGUCUUCGAGCUAUCCAGAGCAAAUUUACACCAAGAAUAUUCGCGACAUUCGACAUCCUUACCAUCAUCAUACCAGGGGUUACAACAAACUGGACAGAGUAGUAUCGUUUGAUUUUCUGAAUAUGAGCCGUGCCAACGAACCUACUGCGGUUACUUUGCUGGGCACUGGAAAGGUGGAGUUUGUGACAGUGCAGUCAUCAGCGCCUCCUAUAAGAAUAUCGUCUCAGAAUGUGUUGGUGCGAGGGACUCCCUCUGGAGAACGCGAUUUCAAAACAAUUAACCCACGACCACUGCGCGAGAAAAUAUCGACCAUCAUUCAGUCAUUGAGGGAUAAUGCGCAGAUACCAUACUUUAAAAUGAACGGGUUGCCGGAAGAAGAUAAGAAAUGCUUGUCCAGCCGUGAAAGCAGAGAGCAGGCUCUAUUCCUGGGCCGUGUCAAGCCUAAACUGAAAGCUGCCGAUGUUUUGGCUUAUUUGAGUGUCAGUCAAGCCCGCUGUCGGGAGGGCUAUCUCUUUGAUUGCGAGAAGAAUAUACGGAUUGUUUCGGAUGAUCCAGACUUGCAAGAGUUUUGGAACUGGGUUCGACAUUCUCGGGAGGAGUCGGCGAAUGGGUCGACGAUCGUUAAUCGGAUUGAUAUGAGCUAUCUUGGUAUAUGUGAUGUGUGGUUCAAUGAGAUUGGCGCCUCUUCGAAAGAACUCAGACAGCAUUCCUCUAUAAACGCCGUCGACCUGGCCCCAGAUCAAAUGAUUAAAGAUAUGGUUCAACAACUCAAAAUUCCAGAAGGAAAAGGAUGCGAGACAGAUUUUUGGGAACAUCGCCAAUUGUGUCUCCAUAUUUGCGGCGCUAUCGAAUCUGAAAAAGAACUCGAGCAAAUCGUUGAUGAUCUAGUCAAGAAAAGACAGCACACAAAAGCAGCAGCGUUGGCCAUCUUCCAGAAUGAGGCUAAGGUAGCUUUCCAUGCUCUUCGCCGAAAUGAGCCUACCCAAGCACACAAGCUUCUUGCCAUGGCUAUUGUGGGUGCAGCAAAGGGUCAACAGAGCGACAAGGACUGGGAAGAGACCUGUAACGAGAUUGCGACGGAACUGACCGACCCGUACGCUAGAGCAGUUCUCGCUCUAGUUAGCAAGGGAAAAUGGGAGUCAGUUCUAGCAGAGACGACUCUUCCACUGAAAUACCGUGUAGAGGUUGCUCUGCGCUGGCUACCGGACGACGAUCUGACGACAUACCUUCAGGAGACAAAGGAAGAAGUGAUUCGCCAGGGGGAUAUUGAAGGUAUCUUGCUAACCGGUCUGCGACAUUCAGCACUCGAUUUAUUUCAAUCUUAUAUUCGCAAAUUCAAUGACGUGCAAACUGCCGUGCUGGCAAUGAGUCACACCACACCACGAUUCAUCGACGACGAGACCAGCAAGGCGAUAUUUAGAGCGUGGCGUGAAACAUAUCGCCGACAGAUCAAUUCAUGGAAAAUGCAAAUUGAACGAACUCGCUUUGACGUUGGCUCCAGACGAUGCGCCGUGACCUGGGACGGUCGGCGACUGAUUGCGCCGGCACCUCAACAAGUCAGUCUAACCUGCAACUAUUGCACACGACCUCUACAUCAAACAGAAUCAAUCUCUUCGACUAUAUCCGGCGGACUAUCCACAUCGACAUCCACCGCCGGAACAGCCUCUGCUGCGAGUGAUCUGUUACAAGGCGGGGGUACUACUACUCCCAAUCCUGCCGCUGCCAUAUUAGCCAACAAUCAAUCCUCAUAUCUCGGUGCACAGGGGCCGAUAUUAAUGUCUGGCACCGUCUGUCCCAAAUGUUUCCGUCACAUGCCUCGUUGCGGCGUCUGCUCACUCUGGCUCGGUUCUCCAGACCCCAUGUCCCGCGCAGCAAUUGCAGCAGACGCCAAACGAGAAGAAGAGGAGAAACUAAACAUUGAAGAAGUGGAAGGUAACCUUCAGGUUAACAGCAAUGCUCCUGGUACCAAAAAACGAAACGGGCGGUCUGAAGAUGAUAUUACUCGUCGAUUUGUGGUGUUUUGCAUCAAUUGUAAUCAUGGAUUUCAUGCAAAUCAUGCCAAGGCAUGGUUUGCGAAGCAUAGGGUAUGUCCCGUUGCGGAGUGCAGUUGUGUUUGUGAUCGAUAGAUUUGGUUUUCUUUGGAUGUGGUAUGUGAUGAUGAUCGUUGUAUAUGCAUGUGUUACGUUUUGUACGAGUAUUAUACCCUUUCUAGUUUAUCUAUGAAUAUAUUGCAUAUCUAGUAACUUUU